UUUUCUGCAGAGCUCUUAUCCAGAGGGCUCGAUGCCAUGAAACCACUAAGGUUUCGCGGUGAAAACAUGAGGCUGGGACACGGAUCAUGCAUGCUUACUCACGCUUCAACUACAACAAGCUCACGACAGACAGGCUCUGCCAGAAGGCAGUACCUAUCCCCUUUCUUCCUGCUUCCCCAAUGUACAAUUUUUCCGCUGGAUCCAUUUACACAGGUAGCGAUCCUCAGCAGCUCUACCUAUUCCAACAACAACUAAACGGCAACUAGAUCUCCCAGAGGGAUGGAACAGCAUAAAUCGCACUGAUUUCCCCAUUUGUGCAGCGACAGACAGGGUAUUCACUAGCAGGUAUGUGCUACGAAGCAUACUGAAGGUGGGACGCUUACGAUGGGCCCCUAGUGCACGAAACCCGCUCCACGCAGCCGGUCUCAUCGCGACGAUCGACGUCAAGACCACUGCGUAUCGAACUGCUCUCACAGGAGGUGCAUCGUACUUCGACGCCCUUGUACUUACUCCAGGCAUCCAUACUCAGCAAGAUGCCGCAGAGCUCAACAAUGGCGAAUAUCCUAUCGCCAGUGCGAUGGCGCCCGGAGAACCUAGGAUUUUCCGCAUAGAGAACCAGGCGACCGUCGCCUUCUUGCAGAGAAUCAGCGAGACGGGCCACCUCACGAGAGUCCGCGUUUCCCCUCUGUCUUCCGCCACACCCUCCGCACCCAUUGAUCUACAGGCGUCGCGAUACAGUGCCUCGCUCACCAUUGCUGCGGUCGCGUUGUCGGCGGGGAUGGAGGACUGGUGGGCCCUUUCAGCGAUCGGUGCUCUCAUACUGGCUCGUCUUCUGAACAUCUUCGUCCUCAAGCGGCGCGUCCUGUGGGAUCAGAAGGAUACAAAGGACGCGAAGGACGUCGGCGGUGACGAUAUUAUCGUGCUUCUAUCGCAGGACCGCUGGGUGCGCAUGCAAGGGGCUGUCCGCGACCUCACAGCCGUGACGGCAGGGCCGUGGCUGCGAGACAUGAACGCCGCGGAGUGCUGUGCUGUAAACUUUGCUACAGUGCUGACACACGUGUCCGUCGUUCUCGCGUUCAACGGAUCCCCCACCGGCAGCAUGCUCCUGGCUGGCAUGCUAGUGCUGUCGCUCGGCCUUGUCGGGCGCGCCAACGCGACCGCAAGACAUCUUCGCAUGUUCAGUUGCGUUUUGGGGCAGGAGGGCCCGGCGAAGGGGUAUGUACGCAGGAAGGACAUGGCGGAGGAAUUGAUUGCUGAGCACGGCAACGAAGAAGGGUGGGCGGUCAGACUGGGACUAGUGCUUGGUAAGCGGAAAGGGUCCACGGCUGAUCAAACUUUCCAGUCGAGUCUCGCUCCGGCCUAUGUCGAGCUGUGAGGCCUCGUUGUGAUGGCUUAACAAGCACCGGAUGGUUCAGGUUGAGUACGGUUAUAAAUUCAGGCUUUAUCGGUCGUCUCUGUUGCCGUCUCCACCAGGUAUUGUUAUGUGCAGCCGUCGUGGUGUUUAAGUGCAUAAUUAAAAUCUGCAUCUCGAGAGUUCAGUCUAAUAAACCUUGUCCUUG